GGUGACGUUGGGCGGGGCCUGUCGGCGCUGUCGCCGCGGCAGCUGGCACGAUGCGGCGUCGCGGCGGGGACGGCCGUAACGGCGACAGGGGCGGCAACAUCGCCCGGGCGGAGGGCAGGGCCGGCGCGGCGCGGCAGGGCCGGUCCCUGCAUUCCUGGCUCCCGGGGCUGCGCACCCUCCUCCUGGCCCCGCUCCUCGCUUACAUCUCCGUGCCCUUCCUCAUCCGCCUCUUCCCCAGCCUGCUCACCAAAUUUGUCUACCUGAACUUCCUGGCCUUCCCCUUCUUCGUGGAUUUCGAGCRGCCGGAGCUGCUGGUGGACAACACCAUCUGCCUGCACCUGACCACCGAGCCGGGUGUCACAGUUGGCAUCUGGCACACGGUGCCAAGCAGCCGAGGGGCCGAGGCGCAGGGCAAGGACCAGCGCUGGUUCGAGGAGGCUCUCGCUGAUGCUCACCCCGUGAUCAUCUACCUGCACGGCAAUGGGGGCACCAGGGCUGCGCGUCACCGCAUCCAGUUCUUGAAGACGAUGGGGGCUGCUGACUUCCACAUCCUGGCUCUCGACUACAGAGGCUACGGGGACUCCAGUGGGCACCCCACAGAGACAGGCUUCACCACRGAUGUGCUGGCACUCUACGACUGGGCAAAAGAGCGGAGCGGCAACAGCAGCAUCCUCUUCUGGGGACACUCCUUGGGGACAGGGAUUGCCACCAAYGCAGCCAGGAAACUGCAGGAGGAGCGAGGGGUCCAGGUUGAUGCCGUGGUCCUGGAGUCUCCCUACACCAACAUCCGAGACGCGGCCGGCAACAUCCCCAUCACCAAGAUCUACCGGGAGUUCCCGGGGUUUGAGUACCUGAUCCUGGACUCCCUGGCUCGGGCWGACAUGUUCUUCUCCAGCGAUGAGAACGUGAAGGUGCUGAAGUGCCCCCUCCUCAUCCUGCACGCAGAAGACGAUGGCGUGGUGCCGCCAAAGUUGGGACGCAAGCUCUAUGAGACAGCACGCAAAGCCUACAAGGACAAAUCCAAAGUGAAGUUCAUUACCUUUCCCAAAAAGCUGGGCCUGGGCCACGACUACAUCUCCUCCAACCCGGAGCUGCCCRCCCUGGUGAAAGACUUCUUAAACAUGAAAUGAUGCCAGCUGCUGCCUGCAGUGACCACAUGCUCCCUCCAACUCACUCCAGRACCCAUCAUGGCACUGAACUUACUGCUGUAAGUAAUAAAAACUACUGAGAAACUUUUAA